CCUCUACAAAGCAGAGGCCGACGCACUGGGGAGACGCUGCGGUCCGGCCUCAGGAGAGGAGUUUGAAUUAAUGGUGCCGUCCCGGUUGGAGUGCUGUCAUGUUUAUUUCCUUGGACAGACACUGCAGGUUGCGUGAUCAGUGUGGGUGUCCUCGGAGCACCUGCCAGGGGCUGCGCAGACCAGACGUGAGGAGCGUGAAUGGGCAGAGCGGAGUCUCUAGAAGGCAAGAUGAGCGCCCAGGAUCCUGCAGAUCUGUGGAGCACGUCCGAUGGAGAAGCUGAGCUGCUGCAGGACUUGGGGUGGUACCACGGCAAUCUCACACGCCACGCAGCGGAGGCUCUUCUCCUCUCAAAUGGAUGCGACGGUAGCUACCUCCUGAGGGACAGCAACGAGAGGACCGGGCUGUACUCUCUCUCCGUGAGAGCCAAAGACUCUGUCAAACACUUUCAUGUUGAAUAUACCGGAUUUUCAUUUAAAUUUGGCUUUAAUGAAUUCUCAUCUUUGAAGGAUUUUGUCAAGCAUUUUGCAAAUCAGCCUUUGAUUGGGAGCGAGACAGGCACUCUGAUUGUUCUGAAACAUCCCUAUCCAAGAAAAGUGGAAGAACCUUCCAUUUAUGAGUCGGUCCGGGUUCACACAGCAAUGCAGACAGGGAGAACGGAGAGCGAUCUGGUGCCCACUGCGCCUUCGCUGGGCACCAAGGAAGGUUACCUCACCAAGCAGGGAGGCCUGGUCAAGACCUGGAAAACAAGGUGGUUCACUUUGCACAGGAAUGAACUGAAAUACUUCAAAGAUCAGAUGUCACCAGAACCAAUUCGGAUCCUAGACUUAACAGAAUGUUCAGCUGUACAGUUUGAUUACUCACAGGAAAGAGUAAACUGUUUUUGCUUAGUAUUUCCAUUCAGGACAUUUUACCUCUGUGCGAAGACAGGAGUAGAAGCUGAUGAGUGGAUCAAGAUAUUACGCUGGAAACUGUCUCAAAUAAGAAAACAGCUCGACCAAACGGAAGGCACAAUCCGAUCUCAUUCAUUCAUCUUUAAGUAGACCUUUCCCUCGGGGAUGCCCUGGCCGGACAGCAGGGUGGCAUGCUCACCACUGCUGUGAUCCAUAGCAGGCUGAAAACUGACUACGGAUUUUUCUUUAAAAACAAAUCAAAAGCAAAUGCUGAUUUGGAUCUUCCUGAACACACCACAUUUGCUGACUCAUGGGAAGCUGCUGCCCUUCAAGAUGAUGUCAUCUCCUUUGGAAUACCGAGUCGCCGUCGUUCUGAUGAAAACUGGUGCAGCUAGCGGCCACACCCAGUGUGCUCACUCUCAGGACGCACAACGGAAGAGAACGGGCUUGUGUUUUCCCUUAUCGUGGUCCAAGCUUGUGGACUCCGUUUGCCCCGAGUCCCGCUCUGCAUCAUGGUCAGCUUAUCUGACAUCCAGGUUGUGCUACUACCCAGGAAGGAAACAGCUGUCUACUUCGAGGCUCAGGCUGCCUCUUUAGAAAGUAUAUUGAGAUAGCAAACAACAAAGAUUGGGUUGGGCAGGGGGAAACAGGGUUAUUCCCCCCCCCCCCCUUUUAUACAAAAAACAAAACUAUUUCCAAA